GUGGCCCCGCCCCCCUCUGAAAGGUGAUCAGCUCACCUGUGGCAGGUGCAGAGGGUUUGCAGUUUGGUGAUCAUGUCUGUGACUCUGUGUGUUGGGUUCUGUUUGUUGUGGCUGAAGGCUGACGCCACACCAGCAGGUUUCUCUGAAGCUGUCAUCCAAUCAGAGUGCCGGGAUCGAUACCUGUGGCUCCACGUCGCUUCGACCGGACCGCCGCCGCAGUUUGAAGCCGUAGAUGGAGGCGGGAUCCACUCCCUGAGCGAACCGCUGGCGUCCCGCUGCGGCUACACCAUCAGCACCCUCAGGAUGGGCGGAUACACCACCGUCAGAGCCUCCUACUAUUCCUGCUACACCCAAAACCAGAAUGACAAGGUCUUCACCUUCAGCAUCAACGUCCUCCUCAGUGACGCCACAGGCCACUGGAGCAGCCGCCAUGUCUCUACUUCCUGUUCCCCAGCCGAACCCUGGAGCCCCAGGGAGCUGGUCUGCGAGGAGGACUACAUGGAGGUCAGUGUGAGCAGAGACGUUUCCUGUGACGCCCAGCAGGGCGGCGGCGGCGGCGGGCAGGCCUGGAAUGUCGCAGCAUCUCUGGCUCAGCAGGCAGCCACCUCCACCUGGCAGCUCAUGUUCCUGCAGGACGGCGGCCAGGCGGUCGCCAUGUCCGUCACUGAAGCCCAGAGCCUUGGCUACAGCGUGAUGGUCACGUCGAGGCGGGUGGUGCUUCGCUCUCCGUACCGUCAGCCGCACUCCCAGGAGUUGACGGUGCACGGCGUUCCUGUCGAAGUCGUUCAGGCGUCGCUGUUCCUGAGGCAGAAGCUGGCGGUGGUCAUGAUUGACGUCUCUCUGGCCUGCACACUCAACUCAGGCUCCUUCGACGGGGCUCGGCUGCUCUGGGACGUCCCCAGGGUCAUGACUCCUCUGGUCGGGGGAGAGGGCAGGUUUGAGAGCAGGAGCCUGGGUUUGGGCGUGGAGGGGCGACUCCUAGACCGUCCCACCGCCGCGGCCAGAGGCUUCAGCCUUGACCUGCAUGGAGAUCUGGUCCAGAUCACCGUCCCUUUUGGAGCGGAGGGUGGCUACAGGAGGAGUCUGGUGGUGGACAACGUCUACAGCGAGAUGUACGUCAUCUCUCUGCUGUACGAGCAUGUCUUCUCUCUGCUGCACGACGACGGUAGCGGCGUGGAAACCAGACACCGGCUGUUCCGCGUGCUGGACACGCCCCUGCGCUGCCAGCGGCCAAUCACCAUCGACCAGACGGUGAGCGAUGAUCACCAGUUCAGCGUCUACCUGGGGAACAUCCCUGCUGACGUGGCCUUGGAGGAGGUGAAGGUCAACGGGAAGCAGCUGUGGACGGCGGAGGCGGCAGAGGAACGCAGCCACAGCGUCGGUCAUGUCGUCCAUACAAAUGGCAGCCACGCCUACACGCUCAGGGUUCCCUUUGAGGACGCUGUUGUUCACAGGAUGAACCUGGGUGAGGGUGUGCUCCAGUUCUCCCUGGAUAUAAACUUCACCUUAACCAUCGUUCCUCACGGAGACUCGUACCAUCAUCACACGUUCAUAACGGCUCGACUCCACGAUGCAUUCCCUCCUGAGCUCCAGGCGGAGUGCACAGAGGGCGGGGUCACCUUCAGUGUCGAGAAAACGCCCCGCCUUGGGAGCCUGUGGGAGGUUGGCGUGGGACAAGAGCCUCUGACAGCAGAGCUGGCCGCCCAGAGGGGGUACCGCCUACGGAACGAGAGCCAGAGCAUCACCCUGGAAGUCCCUGUGUCGUCCGUUGGCUACACCUAUGAGGACAUCGACCUGCUGCACUUCUAUGGAACGUUCAAACUGCUUCUGAGAGACUCCCAGACCCUGGAGGUGCAGGUGUCCACCUCCAAGCGCUGUCUCUUUAAAACAAAGGAGAUGAUCGUUUGUUCUGCAGACGGGUUCAUGACCGUGGUGACCACGCCCACCGCGACCUGGCCAACAGUGCAUCCGGACAAAACCAGUCUGCUGGACCGAAGCUGUGGACCCAAACAGACAGACGGGUCCUCGGUCCUGUUUGAGUUCAGCCUGGACUCGUGCGGGACCAGAGCCAUGGUCGGAGAGUCCUAUGUGGUUUAUGAGAAUGAAAUCGUCCAAGACAGACAUCUGAUCGCUGACGGACCGGCCUUCAUCUCCAGGGACUCUCAGUUCAGGCUGACGGUGAGAUGCUUCUAUCCACUGAACGCGGUGAGCAGACUCUUCGUGGACAGGAUCUUCAGAUCAGAGACGCCAGGGUUUGGCUCAAUCAAAGUCCUCGAGAAUACCAAAGAUGCAGCAAUUGAAUUGCCCGCCCCCGAGUGUCCACUUCACCUUCCGGCUAAGCAAGUCAGCAGCCUGGCGUCGGUCCACCAGAGCCCUGCUCCUGCUGCAGGAGCCCAGCCUCGGCCAGCACCCGGAAACAGCCACUUUGUCACCGUGCCGGGAGGAAACCACAAGCUGUUUCAUGGUUCCCACGGUUCUGUCAUCCAACAUUUUCCAACCAUCAGUGCACAUCCUGUUCCUCCUGAGGGUGAGUCUACUCCUGGUCAUCACGCGUCCCAGAUCAAGGACAGACACAUCUCUGGAUCUCCAAACCCUUUCCCCAGCGGUCCUCUCAGAUACAGCGAUACACACAGCGCUAAAACUGAGCUUCAGCAUGUCCAAACACUGACAUCUGUGUUUGUACCAACAGGAGGAGAGGCCUCAGGACCAGCUGACACCAACCCGGCCUUCAGGGAUCCUGACCAUCCAGGUGAUCUCUGGGGUCUGAGCAGUUUACACCAAACAAAUGUUUUGAACUUGGACAUGAACUGGGACCAAUUCCCUGUUAGCCAACAUGGUAUUGUUAAGCCAAACAGUGACCAGCAGAGGCCAAGUGUAGUGAACCUUUCUCAAGGCAAACAUGGACUGAGCCCAGGCCCCCAAGACAAGCCUAUCGGGAGCCAUGACCAAUCCUCAGUUAGCAGUGCUGGACCCGGUGAUUCCACUGCGGACGAGAGAACUAACUUGCAGCUUCAAAAUCCUGACCAGACAGUCUCUCAUCUGUAUCAUCGUUUUCAGAUGGGAAAUAUGCCAACCUCUCCACUUGACCCGAUUCCACAUCAACCACAUCAUUAUGACCUGUACCAGAUCAACAAACGGCACGAAGGUGUUGUCAGAGUGUCCGCCAGAGACAAGAAGUUUGUACCUGUUGGUGCACAACAGACUGCAUCCAAAGACGUGAAAACUGUCACUGACUCACCUGGAGACACCCAGAGGAGCAGGGCCUCUCAGAAACACCUUGAAGGCGCUGCUCAGUCUCUGAAUGUUAAUCCAUCUCAACACAAACCACCUUCUAACGUUCUUGGCAAACAAACCAGCCAAGUCAGUGACCCAAUGACAGCCGGUCCCUCUGAACAGAGAAACAUCCAACCAGUCGAGAGUGGGCGGCCACACAGCAUCAGAGUUAAACCUCAGAGCGUAUUUGCUCUGUCUGGAGAUCAUCUCAAUCAGCAAUCUGUUGUCCAACAUGACAGUUCACGGAGCCACAACAUCCAACAGGCUUCUGUGUCCGAGUUCUCCCACGACGGCAAACUUGUUACUGUCUCCACAGAAACAAGUGACAAAUAUAUUUCUCAACUUACUGUUCAUUCCGUAAACAGCAGCACUGACUUGACCCCGAUCCCUUUUCAGCAUGAGUCUAGAAAACAUAAGGGCCAACAAAGUGUCGGAGCUCUGUCCACAGACCAGAACAGGAGGCCUUCGGCACAGCUCACAACGGCUGGUGAGAAACGUCCCACAUCCCAACACACUCCCAACCACAGCGGAUCAAGCAGCAGGGAUGAAAAUGAGUUUAAGGAAAGUUUAUUUCAACAGCUUGUUCAAACUGCAAUGAAGCAAGACAGAGGAGCACACAGUGUAAGAGUAAGACCUGAUCCUUCUGCAAGCAAUCUCAACAUCCAGCAUCCCAGCUGGCAUGUACAAUCUUCAGGGCAGAAUAUCCUUCAGCAGGUGGCAGCUUCUCACAUCAGAGUCAAACCUACCUCCAGCCAGCAGCAAGCCUCUCCAGGUUCUUCAGGAGAACACCGUGUUCCUCACAGACUUGGUAUCCAGGGUAGCCAGGAAGCUUUCGGUCACUUUGAUCCUGUCACCAGAGAAGGAAACAGCAACACUGCCACCAACCGUUAUGAAAUGCCAUGGAGCAGCAAAGUUGAGUCCAACUCUGAGCUACAAAAUGUGAUGAAAGGCACCAGAGUGCCUUACCUUGGUGCAUUCAAACCAGCACCCAGAGAGCCUGAGAAAUCCCAAAGCCAGACACUCAAACUCCUAGAAAAUCCUGCAACAUCUUUGUUUCAACUGAACAACAUGCACCACACAAACUACCACACAGCUUCUCAGUCCCAUGCAGGACAGCAAAGACCUCAAGCUUUUCUGAACCAAGCUGAGUCACAGAGUCAGAGCAGAGCAAUGCAACCUGUCACAGUUAAGUCUGAUUCUUCUCCAGGUAAACUUGAUGAGCCCACGAGCCAGGGAGGUCAGGAUGCUACUGUUACUGGGUCUGAGUUCCCACUGAGCCACAGAGAACCAGCCACUGUCCAUCUUCCCCUGUCACCCAGCCGGAGGAAACCUCAUGUGAAUCAACAAACCUCACAGACAGUCAGAGUUCGGCCAGGAAGUCACAUUCUGCAAGAACCUGUGCAGCCAUCAGCAGGUGGCAAACCAGACCCGGGCCUCGUAUCCCAACAAAUCACACGCCAUCUUCAUCAUGACACUUCUGUGCAGCCGAUCACACACAGACUGGUGUCUCCUGAUAUUUACCACCAGCUGCCCAAACAUGGCCGACCUCAAGACCAUGCUGCCACCUCUGGGAACCAGAGUCACAUCCUGGACAAUUAUUCCGCUGAGAUUUCUGAAUUGACCCCCUAUAAAAAAUGCUCUAAAAACGGAAGUCUAUAUAACAUUGUGAAAGUAAGCAGCAGCUUGGCUCGUCGUGUCGGCUCUCCAGGUGGAGGAGCUCGGACUGGCAGCGGACACUCCCACCUUGAUUCUCCAAGUCCAGGCAAAGAUUUCCAAAGCAGUGUCAGACCUUCAAACAUCAGCAGGGUCACAUCCAGAGAAUGUCACCCUAACCAGCAUGUAAAGGAACCACACUGGAACCCUGCACACCUCAGCCCCGAACAUGCCCAAACAGAUUCAUUUAACUCUGCAUCCUCAUCUCACGCUAACGAGGCCGGUUAUCCAGGAGAACAUGACCUCACAGAUCCCAGAAUGGGCGUGGAUCCCCCUGGAGCGUCUGUGGGCAUCCAAUCGUCGAACCAAAGAAACUCGGACUGUCCCGCAUCUGGCGGCGUCUCGACAGUCAGCGGCGGUGGACCUGGUCAUUAUGGCGCCAGUGUCCACCAAGGCAUCGUGAGAGGGAAACAAAACAGCUGACGGAGGAGGAACGUCCCGGAGGAGGAACGUCCCACAGAACCUCUCCUGACAUGGAGAACGUGCUUUAGAUCAAAACCAAUAAAGCAGUUCAUCAAAAAGUGUUCAGUGGA